GGGGCCAGCUUGAAGAUCUGGCCAGGAGCCCCCGGCACCUGUGAGAGGCUGGUGGCAUGGCCAGGCCCAGCUGUGCUCAGGAGCAGGCAGUGCCUGGUGUUGGGCAGGAGUCAGGGGGAUGGGAGUCAGUUCCUUGUGCAGACAGCAAUGCUUGGGUGAAGCGUGGGAGUGCCUCCCCCAAACUCAGAGCCUUUAGCCCCGUUUCAGAGUGAGCCUGGCGCUCUGCUCUGCUGGAGCUGCAGUGGCUGAGUCGCAGCUAAAUACACUUGUCACCAGAGCAUCCUCCUGGUUGCUGUGGGAACCACAGGCCAUAGUUCCUGGCCCCCUGAGGCUACUUACUGCCAAUGGGCUCCAGCAGGGAGGGCAUUGGGAAGGACAGGGCGGGGUGGGGAACUGCCUCAGCUCUGGCUUGGUUGGGUUGGACUGGAUGAGCUUAGAGGUCUUUUCCAACCUGAAUGAUUCUGUGAUUCCACAAUUCCUGCACAGCCCCUAGCACAUCCACAUCCCAUGGGUUUGGCCCCUGGAAGCUCAGCACCUCACAGUGCUUGCCCUGUGCCCUGGCCUGGUCCAGUGCCCUUUCAGACACUCCCAGGAUGGGCCCAACUGGAGCCCUGGACACAGCAGCUGGUGCCUUGCAUCCAGCUGGGUAAGGAGCCUGCCAUCCUAGUCCUGGCCCCAGAAGCUCAUUACUGAUGCUCCCGCCUCCAGCCGGGUCCCUGUGGACAGGGGAGUGCAGGAGGCUCUAAUGGCUCUGAGCAGCUCUUGGUGGAGGCUCGAUGGAGGCGGGAGCAGGAGGGGCUGUGGUUUCUGCCUCCACUGGAGCCAGAACUGCCUCUGCCUAGGGCUGGCCGGGAAGAUGCUGGAUGGGCCCCUGCUCCAGCUGCUCCUUACCGUGGCUCUGUUCCCCAGCAUCCUUGGGACAGUCUUGGUGCAGAACCUGCACCUCUGCGAGGGCUACGUGGGCCCUGAUGGCCGCUCCCACCCCGGCUUCUACUGCCCGCGGCUGACGGACCCCCCCGGCCACCGCUACUGCUGCCAGCCCAGCCUGGAGGCUCUCAAGUCCUGCUGCUCCCAGCUGGCCCUGGAAGCCCUCACCGGAGUGAACCUCUCAAGCCUGGCUAGCCCCGGUCUACUGCGGAACCCGCUGGCCCUGCCUUUCGUGGCGCUCUAUGGGCUCCUUGUCCUUCUGCUUAUGGCCAUCGACCUCUGCCACUUCUACUGGACUCACCGGAGCCGCCUCAGCCGCCUGCUGCCCCGUGCCUUCCGCGUACCCCGUGGGUCCCCGCGGGGGCACCCGGCUGGCAGCCGGGCUCCCCACGGUGCCCCCAGAGUGACACGGCCCGGCCAGGGCUGCUGA